AUGGAUUUAGGCAACGAAAGAGUGUUUGGAUAUGCUAGACCAGAACUGUACUCAGAUUCCGAAUCGUCGCAGGAGAAAAUGGUAGAAGGAAUUGCCGAAUCAGAGACGGGUAAUAAUCAGAUAGUGUUGUGGAGGGGAGCUGAGGCUGAGGCUGAGGAGGAGGAGAACCAGCCAUUGCCACCCGUGAGAAUGUUCUUCGAGCCCAUUCAGUAUCAUAAUGCAAUAAAGCUGGGAACAAGAUGUUAUAUCCACAAAGCUGUUACAAAAUUGGAGUCCCUAGACCUUGAACCCCAUGAGCUGUUAUGGUUUACAGAACACCCACAGUUCAAGCACCUUUGGCAUAUGCAUAGGGCCAUGCAUGAGGACACAACACACAAGAUGAUGGGAAUGUGGUUGCUUCUUCUUCGGACAGUAGUGAAUAGCGUACCAAUUCGCUAUUCCCUUAGAGAGCAUGCCAUUUUGGGUGGAUUAAACUAUCUCCCAUACCCAGAGGACUAUGAGAGCAUAGGAAGUUCUUCGUUUAAGAAUAGAUAUUUCCAGGGAACCGUCCACUCCCUUGCUUCUGUUGAGAAAAAGCUAAAGUCAAUGCGAGGACUAGUUAAUCUUGAUCGGUAUUCAUUCGAUGUAAAUAUGAAGGAGAUUGAGCACACAAUGAGGCAUUUCAAUGGGGUCGUCGGAACAGAUGCCUGGACAUUUCCAAGCUUUGUUACUCCCUUGGAGUUGCUAGCCUUUGAGGCCAUCCCAUGUCUAAAGAACAAAUACAGAGAAGAUGUUAGAGGAGCAGGGAGGGAUUGUCCCCGGAUGUGCAGGCAGAAGUUCCAACCAUUCACACUAAAAGGUUUCCCUUUGUCGGAACUCUAUAAAACACUCGGUAACACUAGGGUCAUCGAGAGUAUAUUGCAACCAUCCGAGUAUGAGGUAAUUAUGCUUGCUGGAGUCAUAGAGAGGAAUGAAGAGGAAGAUAUUGGUGAUAUCGUUCCUGAAAAUUGGACGAGGCAUUUAGUUGAGGAAAAGAAGCCGAUAUUCUGGAAAGAGAUAUGCAAGAUCGAUGUUGAUGCCCGAGAUAAUAAGGGGACGGAAAAGGUGGCGCCUCUUGGAUUUGUGGAACAGCUUCAGAGCUUGCAGAAAAGUAUGGACGCUCAGUUUCUCCGAAUCAGUGCCCGAAUGGAUGGCUUUGAUACAAGACUUUGCUCUGUAGAACAAUAUGUAAAAGAGACAAGAAGAGAAAGGGAAGGACCAGGAGAUGUGGGAGGAGAAGUUUUUCGAAAUGAUGUAGAACAUGAACAUGAUCAAGCUAGAGAGAAACUUGAAAGUCUGGUGAAAACUGAGAAAGCGAGGAAGCAGAAACAGCCGAAGCAGAAGCCGAAGAAGAAGCAGAAGGAGCCGGAGCAGAAGGAGCCGGAGCAGAAGGAAGCGGAGCAGAAGGAAGCAGAGCAGAAGGAAGCGGAGCAGAAGGAGGCGGAGAAGAAGGAGGUGGAGCAGAAAGAGGCGGAGCAGAAAGAGCCGGUGCAGAAUGAGCCGGAGAUGAAUGAGGCAGAGCUGAAAGAGGCGGAGCAGCUUGUAGCCCGAUCUCCGUACCUGCUUAGAAGUAAAGAGGUAGAACCAGACGGUGCUAACGUUGUGAACGCAGAAGUGGGUGCAGGUAAACGGAAACAAGAGCAAUCGAAGCUAGGGCCAAACACAAGGCAGAGACGUUAA